GGGCAGGGGCCGAGCCUCCCCAGCUUGAGCCGAUCCUCAGCCCGCGCGGCCGCCGGUACAGGUCCUGCUUUCCCGCUGCGCCGCGCUCCUCCCCAGGCCCGCUGCGCUCCGCGGCCAUGCAGCGCCGGGGCGCCCUGUUCAGCGUGCCGGGCGGCGGCGGGAAGAUGGCUGCAGAGGACCUGGGCGAGCUGCUGGUGCCUCACAUGCCCACGAUCCGCGUGCCCAGGUCUGGGGACCGAGUCUACAAGAACGAGUGCGCCUUCUCCUACGACUCCCCGAACUCUGAAGGUGGACUCUAUGUAUGCAUGAACACAUUUUUGGCCUUUGGAAGGGAACACGUUGAAAGACAUUUUCGAAAAACUGGACAGAGCGUGUACAUGCACCUGAAGAGGCACAUGCGAGAGAAGGUAAGAGGAGCCUCUGGUGGAGCUUUACCCAAAAGGAGGAAUUCCAAAAUAUUUUUAGAUCUAGAUCUGGAUGACGAUUUAAAUAGUGACGAUUACGAAUAUGAAGACGAAGCCAAACUUGUUAUAUUCCCAGACCACUAUGAAAUAGCCCUUCCUAACAUUGAGGAGUUACCAGCCCUGGUAACAAUUGCUUGUGAUGCAGUGCUCAGUUCAAAGUCCCCGUACAGGAAGCAGGAUCCAGAUGCGUGGGAAAAUGAGCUGCCAGUGUCGAAGUAUGCCAACAACCUCGUCCAACUGGAGAACGGGGUCAGGAUUCCUCCCAGUGGCUGGAAGUGUGCCCAAUGUGACCUGCGGGAGAAUCUCUGGUUGAAUCUGACUGACGGCUCUAUUCUGUGUGGGAAGUGGUUUUUUGACAGCUCAGGGGGCAAUGGCCAUGCACUGGAGCAUUACAGAGACAUGGGCUAUCCUCUGGCCGUGAAGCUGGGCACCAUCACACCUGAUGGGGCAGAUGUUUAUUCUUUUCAAGAAGAGGGACCUGUUUCCGAUCCUCAUUUGGCCAAACACUUAGCACAUUUUGGGAUUGACAUGCUUCACACGCAAGGGACAGAGAAUGGGCUCCGGGACAAUGACAUCAAGCCGAGAGUCAGCGAGUGGGAAGUGAUCCAGGAGUCAGGGACUAAGCUGAAGCCGAUGUACGGCCCAGGGUACACGGGCCUGAGGAACCUGGGCAACAGUUGCUACCUCAGUUCUGUCAUGCAGGCCAUCUUCAGCAUCCCAGAGUUCCAGAGAGCGUAUGUAGGGAAUCUCCCAAGGAUAUUUGACUACUCGCCGUUAGAUCCAACGCAGGACUUCAACACACAGAUGACUAAGUUGGGACAUGGCCUCCUCUCUGGCCAGUACUCGAAGCCUCCGGUGAAAUCCGAGCUCAUUGAACAGGUGAUGAAGGAGGAACACAAGCCUCAGCAGAAUGGGAUCUCUCCACGUAUGUUCAAGGCCUUUGUCAGCAAGAGCCACCCAGAAUUCUCCUCCAACAGGCAGCAGGAUGCCCAGGAGUUUUUCUUGCACUUGGUCAAUCUGGUAGAGAGGAAUCGCAUUGGCUCAGAAAACCCAAGUGAUGUUUUCCGGUUUUUGGUGGAGGAGCGAAUUCAAUGCUGUCAGACCAGAAAGGUCCGCUACACGGAGAGGGUGGACUACCUUAUGCAGUUACCUGUGGCCAUGGAAGCAGCAACCAAUAAAGAUGAGCUGAUUGCCUAUGAACUAAUGCGGAGGGAAGCAGAAGCCAACAGAAGACCCCUUCCUGAGCUGGUGCGAGCCAAGAUCCCAUUCAGUGCCUGCCUUCAGGCCUUUGCUGAGCCCGACAAUGUGGAUGAUUUCUGGAGCAGCGCCCUGCAAGCCAAGUCUGCGGGGGUCAAAACAUCUCGCUUUGCCUCAUUCCCUGAAUACUUGGUAGUGCAGAUAAAGAAGUUCACUUUUGGUCUUGACUGGGUUCCCAGAAAAUUUGAUGUUUCUAUUGAUAUGCCAGACCUACUAGAUAUCAGCCAUCUCAGAGCCAGAGGCUUGCAGCCAGAGGAAGAGGAGCUUCCUGACAUCAGUCCCCCCAUAGUCAUUCCUGAUGACUCAAAAGACCGCUUGAUGAACCAGUUGAUAGACCCCUCAGACAUAGAUGAGUCCUCGGUGAUGCAGCUGGCUGAGAUGGGCUUCCCUUUGGAAGCCUGCAGGAAGGCUGUGUACUUCACUGGGAACACUGGGGCUGAGGUGGCCUUCAACUGGAUUAUCGUGCACAUGGAGGAGCCUGAUUUUGCUGAACCACUGUCCGUACCUGGCUAUGGAGGGGCUGGGGCCUCUGUCUUUGGUGCUACUGGACUGGACAACCAACCUCCUGAGGAAAUCGUAGCUAUUAUCACCUCCAUGGGAUUCCAGCGUAAUCAGGCAGUGCAGGCUCUACAAGCAACGAAUCAUAACCUGGAAAGAGCCCUGGACUGGAUCUUCAGCCACCCCGGAUUUGAAGAGGACAGUGACUUUGUGAACGAGAUGGAGAACAAUGCGAACGCGAAUAUCAUGUCUGAGGCCAAGCCAGAGGGGCCCAGAGUCAAGGAUGGGUCUGGAAUGUACGAGUUGUUUGCAUUCAUCAGUCACAUGGGAACAUCUACAAUGAGUGGCCAUUAUGUUUGCCACAUCAAGAAGGAGGGACGAUGGGUGAUCUACAAUGACCACAAAGUUUGUGCCUCAGAAAGGCCCCCUAAAGACCUGGGAUAUAUGUACUUUUACCGCAGGAUACCAAGCUAAACCUCACAAGAAUUGGCGAGAGAAGCCAUAUACUUUUAAAUUUGCCAAAAAAGAAAAAAAAGAAGAAGAAGAAGAAGAAAAAGGAAAAAUACAAGAAAAAAGUUGGGACAGCCAGAUGCGGAGGACUACAUGGGUAUUUAUUGCUUCUUUCAAGAGCAUGAUCACUUGACACCUUCUGGAGAAGACCUGGGAAGACAUUUCUAUUGGCGGCAAUAUUCUGUCAUAGGGAAUUUUGUGACUGUUCAGGGAGAGGGUGAUGGAAGCAAAGGCAUCGGCCACCGGCCCAUCAGAUAGGCACUGUCACCGGCCCAUCAGAUAGGCACUGUCUUUCCUUCUCUUCUACUUGGGGGGGGGGGGUGUCAUUGGUGAGGACCUCCCUACAGUGAGAAAAAUUCCCACUUUUAAAAUUUUCCAUAUAGGAAAUCAAAACCUGGACUGGC